GAAAUCGACCCGACGCAAAUCAAACAAAGCGCUAGCUGCGGGCCGAACACGCUCCCGUACUGAGUGUUUAGUUUAUAGUAACUGUUGUGGUCACCACACGUCCAACAGCAGGCGGGUUCAGCCCGAUGGCCUCCACGGAAGAGCUCGUGCCGGUGAGGAGGAGACGCUGCCCCGCCUGGUGCUCGUGCGGUUCAUGCCGGUGCUCGUGUGGCUCCUUCUGGUGGACGCGGUGGCUCCGCAAGCGGCUGGAGAGGCCUCUCGGCGCGCACUCCGUGGUGGACUUCUUCCUCGGCAUUUUCGUCACCGUUUCCGUCCUUGUAUUCGCCAUCCAAUCCGUCCUGAACGCCAUGACGAACUGUGACGUCCGCUCCGAGACGCUGCCGAUCAUUUUCACCGCCCUGGUCUGCGUGGGGAUCCCCUGCGUCGCGGCUAUCGGCUUCGUCAUUCGGCGGGACCCGUUCAUGAGAGACGACGCGGCCGGAGGAGGCGGAACGGAAGGUUUGGAGCUGUCCCUGCUGUUCGCGCCGAUCGUGCUGCUCGCUGUCGGCUGCGUCACGCUCGACGCUGUCUUCUUCCUGCUGGUCGGGGCGUGUAUCCAUCGCGACGAGGGAACAUUCCCAACCCUGGCCUUCUACUGGACCGGCACGGCGUUCCACGUGGGGCGGAUGGUGUUCGUGGUGGCACAGGUGGCGAUGUUCGGGUGGUGCUUCAAGACCAGGAGCUUCGCCAGGCAGAAGGUGUACACGGUCCUGCUCUUCACGGCCGUGGUCAUGGCGGACCUGGCGUCAUGGUUUUACGAGAUCGUCGACAAGCCGUCUGCCCUGUGCACCCGGGGCGUCAGCGCAUGUUGGGACACCACCGUCACGAAGUCGAAGUCCUACACCUGCCAGGAAAUAUCCAACGUUAAUAACAUUUUCACCGAGGAGUACUGCACUUUUGUACAGUUUCAGCUGUACUGCCAGCCGCUGGUCGGAACCUUCGCUCUCCUCUCCCUCCCCACGAUGUACUACAUGUGGUCCAAGGCGCGCGAGGGGGAGGGGGGCGGCGCGACGGACAGUGGAGAGGAGCAGACGAACCGCCCAGGUGCCAGUCUCACUGCACUUGCGUGA